CAGUUGCGCCUUUUGCCAUCAUGCGAUUGCGUGAUGAUCGGUCACAUUGUAGCUUCUGCUGAAUGAGGUUCUUCGUUCUUUUGGAAGCAUACAAACUGUGAAUUCUGCUCUUCUAACAUCCACAUCACCAGCGCUGCUACAAUUGUAGCUGAGGAAAUAUUCUUUCAUAUUCUGGAGGCAUGCCUGGUGUUAUUGGCACAAUGUACAGGACUGGGCAGAGCAAGGGAAAAAAGGAGAUUGGUGAAGCAGUUGACCUUGAAUCACAGGGAUUGUCACAUUUUGACAUUGGUGCUCUCAGGGUCGCUGGAACUUGCAUCAGAAACAUCACAGAACUCAAUUUGAACUACAACAGCCUGUCCACUCUGCCCAAUGAUAUUGCCAGUGCUCUUCCAAGAAUACAAAUUCUGUGUUUGAGUGGAAAUGAUUUGAAGGAAUUGCCUGCUGUGUUAGGGAGCCUUGAAGAACUCAGAAGUCUGUCCGCCAAUGAAAAUGAGAUUUCAGUGCUUCCCGCGUCACUCUUUCACCUACCCAAGUUGGAGGACCUUCACCUGCUUGGGAACCGAUUAAAACAGUUGUCCCUGGAUAUCUGCCACCUUAAAACUCUCAGGAACCUGACCUUGGAAGACAACCAGCUAUGUAACUUUCCUAGCACGUUUGGUGAUCUGGAGAGCUUACACACCCUUGAGGCAAGCGAAAACAACCUCGAAGCCUUGCCCAAGAACUUUGGCAACCUCAGGAAUCUAGCAGUGCUGAAUGUUAGCCGGAACAAGCUUCUGGAAUUACCUGACAGCUUUGGAGAUUUGCCCUCCUUACAGUACGUAGACCUAUCCAACAACUACCUCCCGGAACUUACACCAAGGCUGGCAUCAGCGUCCAGGUGCCUGGUGAAGUUUUCCGCUGCUGAUAACCUCCUCAAGAGAUUUCCUCCCUGGAUCGGAGAACUCACCUACAUUCAGGAAAUCUACCUGGGAAACAAUUACAUAGAACAUGAGCUUCCAGAUCACUUUGGCACCAUAAGUGGGAACACUUUAAGACACAUGGAUGUCGGUGCAAACUUCCUUGAUCACCUUCCCUCAAGUUUUGGGCUGCUCAGAAAUGUUGAGACACUGCAUUUUGGGAGCCACAUUAUGGAAAUCGAGAGGAGGGCUUUCCAGAAUGGAAAUCGCAUCACACAUCUGCCAGAAUCUUUUGGACUAAUGUUGAACCUUAGACACUUGAGGCUUGAUGAGAAUUCCUUGAAUUGUCUACCGGAGAGCUUUGGUGAUCUGUAUGCAUUGGAGUAUUUUGAUGUCGGGCAGAACGUCCUCAGGAAGCUACCCGCAUCUUUCAGCCGCCUGGGUUCACUGAAGACGUGUCUCCUGUCCAAGAACAACAUAGAGCGUCUGCCGGAGGACUUUGGGAAUCUGAGGUCUCUAGAGAGACUGAGAAUCAACAGAAACCAGUUGAGAGAGCUUCCAGCAUCCUUCAACCAGUUGGUGAAUCUACAGACCCUUGAUCUGGUUGAGAAUCGUCUCCGGGAGUUCCCAGCAUGCCUCAACCAGCUCACCAAUCUCGUCAGGGUUGCUCUAGAUGAUAAUGACUUUGAGCUUGAUAUUCCUGAAGUGAACAACCUGGACGCCAGGGCCAAGUAUCCUUCAGAUGGUAUCCACAAGUUUGUCAAGACGACUGAACCUCAUCCAGAAACCAAGUCAGACAAGAUGACAAGUGCACUGGCCAAUGCUGUCAAGAAAGGAGACUCUAUUUGGAAGCCACAUCUCUCAAAUGAUCAAGAUAUGGUUACUGCCACUAACUUGGAAGAUGAAGAAAGUGACCGAGGGACGAGUGAAAGCUGCAGUGACCUUGACCUUUGUCACACCACCGACGGAGAGUCGACCCACGGUCUAGAGGACAUCGUCGACGAAGCCGAAGAUUGGGACAUGGAGGUGGAAGACAACAAUCCUUUCAGUUGUGAUGACGUACACACAUACCGACACAACACAUCAAUGAGAAGUCCGAUCGGAACCGACGUCCUCAAAUUCUCUUUUGUACCUUCCGAUGGGCACCCUCCGUGCCUUCCCGUCCCCGACCUUGACUUUCACUUUGAGGAUGGCCAAUUUGAAGAUGCCGAUUGAUGACAAUAUUGUAUUGAACUGCCCAAAGAUAAAUGUAAUUCGUGUUGUGCAUUAUGUAAAUGAUUAAAGGGAUAGUUGAGUUCUGUUGCAGAGGCCGC